CGCCGGGGUGGCGGCAUGGCGGGCUGGGGGCGGCUGGCCCGGCUCGGCGGGCGCCUCUGGGCGGCGGCGGCGGCGCCGGCUCCCGCUCCCGGACACAGGGGUCAGCUGGGCUUUGUAGUCAGACACAUCAACAGUUCAACAUGGUGGCACGAGCAUCUUUCUGAGGAGAAUGUGGAGUUCCUCAAGAAGAUAACUGCAGAGGAGUACAAAGCUCAGACAGCCAGCAAGCUGUGCCCUCUGAAAGAUGAGCCAUGGCCACUGAAUAAGUGGACACCAGAUUCCAUCAGAGUUGGUGUUGUUGCAGUAAAACUGGGAAUGAUGCCAAUAUGGACCAAAUCAGGAGAAAAACACGCUGUCACACUACUUAAGGUCCAAGAUUGCCAUGUUUUAAGAUAUGUUUCAAAGGAAGAGUCGGGUGGAAAAACAGCUAAGCUGCUUGUUGGAGGCAAAAAUGUAUCUCCUUUUUCUAAACCAGAGUCUGCACAUGAAAUUUUUAGAGAAGCUGGAGUACCACGGAAGCAGAAAGUUACAACAUUUAAUGUAACAGAUGAUGCCAUAAUUAAGCCAGGUACUCCUUUGUAUGCCGCUCACUUCCGCCCCGGGCAGUUUGUGGAUGUCACUGCAAAAACAAUUGGUAAAGGAUUUCAAGGUGUCAUGAAAAGGUGGGGAUUUAAAGGUCAGCCUGCAAGCCAUGGCCAGACAAAAACUCACAGACGACCUGGAGCAAUAUCUACCAAUCAAGCUGCCAAAGUUUAUCGUGGAAAGAAAAUGCCUGGUAAAAUGGGCAACAUCUACAGGACAUCUUUUGGAUUAAAGGUGUGGAGGAUCAAUACAAAACAUGACAUUAUUUAUGUAAAUGGGUCUGUUCCAGGUCACACCAAUUGCCUGGUGAAGGUCAGAGAUAGCAAAUUGCCUACUUACAAGGACUGCAAUAAAAACCCUCCAUUCCCUACAUUUUUUGCUGAUGGAGAUGAAGAACUGCCAGAAGACCUUUUUGACAAGGAGAUUUUCCAGUUCACAGAUCCAUCUGUCACAUUCGCAUAAUGUUCCUCACAUCUUUGAAAACACAGUUUUGUUAUUUUCAUGUACAUUGCAAGGCUCUAUAAAAGUAAACCUAUGAACUGCAGUCUGGCCAACUGACUUAAACACUUCAGGUACUGCCAUUUUGGUCAGGUAAUCAGAUUUCCCACUGUCAGUCUCAAACCUGUACUUAAAGCAACAGGUUGGUCUGAGGGACAGGUUGUGAAGCACACCAAACUGUGUCUCUUCAGUGACCUUUUGUGCUCUGUCCCAGGCUGUGAAAACCUACACAAUCCUGAAAAACUGUUGUUUUGAAGAUGGUUCCAGUUCAUUUUCUGGAUGUGAACAAAUUCUGCUUCUCUUUUAUGUAAAGUAUACUGGGCAACUCUGAUCAAAUCAGAAAAAGGUUCCAAAUCUGCCUUGGCAUCUGAGGUGGGGAGGAUCCGUGAAGAAUUAUCCAAAAUAAAACAAGAAAAUGUGUGAGCAUUGUUUUGCAGAA